UUUUGAAUUAGUAAGUGAUAUAAGAAAAAGGAAAGAAUCAUGGGUUCAAAAGCACUCAUUUUAGCUUGCAUUUCUUUGUUUUUAAUUUCUCUGAUGAUCACCUCCGAGGUUGCUGCUCGGGAGCUGGCCGAGGAGAACUCCACCCCGUUUGAGGAAGCAACUCCGGAAGUAGAGGAAUCUAAGCACCACGGAGGUGGAUACGGGGGAGCACGUGGAGGCGGUUAUGGAAAAGGUGGAGGCUAUGGUGGUGGUCAUGGUGGAGGUUACGGUAAAGGUGGCGGUUAUGGUGGUGGUCAUGGCGGUGGUUACGGCAAGGGUGGCGGAUAUGGCGGUGGCAAAGGAGGUGGUUAUGGGAAAGGCGGUGGACAUGGUGGCGGAUAUGGUGGUGGACAUGGUGGCGGCCACGGUGGCCAUGGUCCCCACGGCAUUGGAGCUAACGUUGAAGAGACUAAAUCCUAGAGUUGGAAACUUGAAUAUAUAUGUGCUUUCAAGAGGCAAGUUCAGUAUCGUAGCUCUUUGUAGUAAGUAAUAAUCAUAACUUUGUAUUAUGACAUGGGAUAUAUGAAUAAGAGCUAGCUUUACAGAUU